GAGAACAAUGAUGCAGUGAGAGUGAGAGUAGAGAGGGUCAAAGCAAGUAAGAAGAAGAAGAAGAAGAAGAAGAAGAAGAAGAAGAAGAAGAAGAAGAAGAAGAAGAAGAGGAAGUUAUUUUGUUAUUGGUAUGAUCAUGGAAUCUCCAGAACCUUCGAAGAACAAUGCAACUUCUUCGGCCUCCACAAUCAAUGCCGUCGCCAUCAAUGACUCCCCUCAAGUUCAAGAAUCACCCUUUUUCAGGUUUGUAAACAACUUAUCUCCUAUAAAGCAACCUGCCAAGGCUUCUCAUGUGGCACAAGGCUUUGUUGGACUCAAUUCUCCGCCUCUUGUAUUCACAUCACCGCGUAUUAGUUGUCACCGUGAAACACACUUAUUGGAAAGACCUUCAUGUGCUCAGUCAUCAAGUCGAUCAGAAUCUCAAAGUGACAAUAGAGGCAAGUUAAUUGAAGCUCCUGGUGAUUCUGCGAAAUCAACUGCUGAACUGCCACUUGCAGGGGAGUUUAUAACUGAAACUGUGAAGGAUUUUGAUGUAAAAAAUGAUGCAAUUACCCAACACUGCAGUCCGCCGCCAUCUGUUGAUAAAUAUCUGGUUGAUCCUGUGGAUAUUGAUCAAAUGUACUCUGUCAACCCAGAUGAGAAACAAUCUAAUGAUACUGAAUCAUCUCUGAGUAACUUAGCUCAAUCAAAGAAAAGCAUAUCAGAAGUUGACAGCAAAGAUGAUCCUUGUGAUAAAGCAGAUAAACCUUUGAUUUUGUUAGAGAAAGUUGAUAAGGCUCAAACAGGGCCAGCAUAUGUUGAAGGGCAUGAUCAAAUAACAGGGGAGAAAAAUGAUGUUUUAAUGGCUUUGCACAAGCGCAUGAAGGAUGAUAAUGACUGUACAUCUCAGUUGCUUCCCGAACAGACUCUGCAGGAUGUUAAAGAUUGGGAAGAUUGUGAUGAGAUGGUGUCAACCUCACAUGUAGGUGCUGCGAACGUGUCACAAGAUGCUUCUGAGGUUACUCUAAAGCAUCAUGGCCUUCGUAGACGGUGUCUACAAUUUGAGGAGGCUGCAUCUAAUGCUCGUGGAAGUGAUAAAUCUUGUAUGAAAUCAAAUGCAGCUCCAAUCAAAAUAAAAAUGGUCAAGCUGUCUGAACCUGGCACUUCUUCCUUGUUUCCUCAAAGAUGUAGUGGAAACUCAACUGUGACAUGUCCCAAGCCAUCAGGCAUUGGAUUGCAUUUAAAUAGCAUUGUAAAUGCUAUGCCUCCUGGUUGUGCUGCAACUACAGGUAUUAGAUCAUCAGAUUGUUUACAAGGGAAGAAAUCUGCAUUGAUUGGUAUAAAUAAAGUGGAGAACAUGAAGGGACGCAUAACUUCAUCAAAUAUAGAUGGGCAAUCAUUAAUUGAUAGUGGAAAUGAGAGCCAAGCCAACAUUUCCUCACUACCUGUAGAUUCUUUCAUUUCUGGGUCUCAUAGCCCUACAGAACCUGUUGCUAUAUGUCCUGAAAGUCUCCAUGAUAAGAGGAAACUAAGCCCUACAGGUGACGGAUAUCCUGAGGAAUCGAAGCAACCUAGCCCGAGCAAGAAAAAGAAGAGAGCAUCAAGCAACAAUGAUGAUAAUGGCUGUAAAAGGUGCAACUGUAAAAAGAGUAAAUGUUUGAAACUUUAUUGUGAUUGUUUUGCUGCUGGAAUCUAUUGCGCUGAUGAUUGUUCUUGCCAAAGCUGCUUGAAUAGACCAGAGUAUGAAAAUAAAGUUAUUGAAACAAGGAAACAAAUUGAAUCCCGUAAUCCUCUUGCAUUUCUUCCCAAGAUUGUCCCUCAAUCCACUGAUCGUCCAUCAAAUAAUAUGGAGGAUGCAAUUCUGAUGACACCUUCAUCAGCCAGGCACAAAAGAGGUUGCAAUUGCAAAAGGUCAAUGUGUCAGAAAAAAUAUUGUGAAUGUUAUCAGGCUGGUGUCGGAUGCUCUAGCGGAUGCCGAUGUGAGGGAUGUAAGAAUGUUUAUGGCACAAAAGAAGAUUAUGUUGCAAGGGAUCAUGUUUUCAAUAAAGAAAGGAUGGGUAGCAGGAUUGAAAAUGAACCAGAUGGUGCUUUUCUCAACAAACUGGAAAUGGUGGCAAGCAAGUCAGAUUUGUUCCAUGUCUCACCUAUAACGCCAUCAUUGCAAUGCUCUGACCAAGGAAAGGAGGCUGCAAAAUUCGGACUUCAUUCUGGACAGCAUCUACCCUCCUCUGAAACUAAUGUUGAUAUGCUUCCCUCAAGUGCAAAUUAUAACAAGUCUCUGGAGAACUCGCAGAGUGUUCUUGCAAACCUGGAAACAGAUGAGAUGUUGGAAACUGCUUCCUAUGAUUGGCAAGUGGAUUGCAGCGAUGUAAUGGAUCAAUCAUCACCAUGUGAUUUGGUUGCUAACAUACUUCAGGAUACUCCCUUGUCAAAUCCUGAAUCAAUGUCAAGUGCUUCACUGUUCACAUCUAGUACAAAGGAGUGCGGAAACAUCCCUCUAUCCCAAUCACAAGGACGCAUUCGCCUAAUAUCCGGGAGCUCUCUUCGUUGGCGUGGUUCACCAAAUACCCCAAGGGCUAGAUUAGGUGUAAAACACCUUCAGUCUCUUGAUUCUGAAAGCAGACUCUUCGACAUAAUGGAAGAUGAAACACCAGAUGUAUUGAAGGAAGGUUUAACACCCACCAAGUCUGUGAAAGCAAAUUCCCCAAACCAGAAGCGAGUUUCUCCUCCCCAUAGUCGUCUACGCGGACUUGGUUCAAGCUCCUCUGGAAGCUUCAGAACUGGCAGGAAAUUUAUACUGAAAUCUGUUCCUUCCUUUCCCCCAUUGACACCUUGUGUUGAAUCCAGAGAUAAUAGCAGUGAAGAUUUAGGUAACAAUGCCAAGUAACUGAUUCCCAAAACCAAAAGUUUUCCCUCAAUGUGAGUGUCAUGAGAAGAUUUAUGUAAUCUGGUAUGAUUGCUAGCAUCUUUUCUGGUAUGAGCAUGGUACAAAGUUCUGUAUUUCUCUCUCUUUAGCCUCCUUUUUAGUUCUUUUUAUUUGGUGCUGUGUUCUGGUGUAUCUAAUGUGUCCCAAUAUUACAGUUUUAAGUGACACAUCUAGCUGUGCCAAACAGGUUCAGAUGACUUAUUUUAUGAACUAUCAGUGCAAAGUUUGAAGUUG